AUGAAUUAUAUCUCAAAUCCUAGGGUCUCAAUGUUUGCAGCUCAAAAUUUCUUGGGUCGACGGCGAAUUCCCAAAAAAAAUGUGGCACAGCAAUCUUAUAAUCAUAACAAUAAUCACCAAUGGAUUAUUGUCGAUGAAUCAUCCUCGAUCGCAUCCCCGAAUCAACGGACCAACAGACCCGCGCCACCAAUACCCCUCAUAAAAGUACCUUUUCCACCUUUGGUAAAUCCGGAAGAACUUAUAACCAGACCAAGAAAAGCAAAAUCAAAAGCACCCACAAAACCUCCCAAUGCAUUCAUGAUCUAUCGAAUGCAGUAUGUCAAAGAGCUUCACGCGAGAGAACACCGAUUACCCAUGAGAAGUGUCUCAGCGGCUGUGGCCAGCUCAUGGAGAGGAGAGCCGGAACAUGUGGUUGAACACUAUGAGGACAUUGCGAAAGAGGCCAGCCGUAUUUAUAAUCAAAAGUUCCCGAAACCACCUUCUCCCCAGAAAGGAUCAGGAGUACGUCAACCGCAACGAAGAAGAAGUAGUGGUGUCAAUAAUGUGUCGGAUGUCAUAAGUCAACCGCUAAUCGGCUCUUUAGCUCAAAUCGACGAUUCGCAACGGUCGCACCAUCGAUAUUACGCGGGAGAUAACGCUCUCACUCAUAAUCACUAUCACGGUCAUCACCUGCAUUCCACGAGUGUGCAACAUAUUCCGUUUCCGUCAAUAUCGGACACUCAAUAUUCAUCAAGCAUACUUAAUAGGCCUUCAGUGCGUUCGACAAGGCCUUUGUCUAAUUCGUAUUCGUCUCCACAUACCUCGUCGACAUUUCAUAUGCCAUCGUUACCUCACGUCCAUUCCUUGACCACGGCAUCAUUUAAUUAUAUGGAUGAGGCCAAUCAAAACGAAUGGGAUUAUGCAACAGCGGCUCAUGCUUAA